GUUGAGUGAAAAAAAAAAAGAAAAAAUAACUACAAUGUCGAUCGGAAGAGUAAGCGAGUUCGAUAUUAGAACUGGGGCGUGGUCGUCAUAUAUAGAAAGACUUGAGAUGUAUUUUACGGCCAACAGUGUAAAAAACGAUCUCAAACUACCAACAUUAAUAGCAGUCAUAGGGGAUGAAGCUUACGAACUCCUGGUGAAUUUAGCUAGUCCAAGGAAACCGUCGGAAUUGGAAUACGAAGUUGCGGUCAACCUACUGCGCGAUCACCUACAACCGGCACCGUCGGCAUUAGCAGAGAGAUUUCGAUUCAGGCAGAGAAGACAAGCAGCAGAUGAGAACAUCGCAAGUUACGUGGCGGAAUUGAAAAAGUUAACACGUCAUUGCAAACUAGGGGAUAACCUAAAUGAGAACCUUCGAGAUCAGUUCGUGUGUGGGCUGAAGAGCGACAUCAUUCGACAGCGGCUUUUUGCAGAGGAUGAAGAACUAAAUUUCGCCCACGCGGUCAAAAUUGCAACCUCUUUAGAGGCAGCGGAGCGGAACGCGGCGGCGGUGGAUAUCGCGGACGCGGCGAGCGGCGGGGAAACGAUCGCGGGGACGGGGGGAAUACACUCCCUAGUGGCCACGAACGAGCGACGGCAAGCGGCGGAGACACGGAGCGGGCGCGGGGCGCGCGGAUACCGUAUUCGUGGCACGGGCGCUGUCUGGAGUGGAGCGCGCGGCGCGCGCGCCACUAUCACGCCUCGGGGAAGAAAUGCGGCACGGGCAGACAGCGGAAAAAGGCGCGACUGCAUUGGAUGCGGUGCGGACGACCACAAUUAUGAAAACUGUCGCUUUCGAGAAUACGUUUGCAGUAAGUGCCACCGCACCGGUCACUUGCGACGGGUGUGUCCGAGGCAGAGCACACAAAACCAGCGAUAUGGCUAUGCGGCCUUGCACUAUGGAGAUACAGCGGAGGAGGGCUGGGAAACGACCGAUUCGAUGCAGGAGGACUUGCAUCAUUUAUGUCUAAACGACUACAAGGCUAUAUGAGAAGCUGUUCAGUGGCGGACUGGGGCGGUACACGGGCGGCAAGGCUACGUUGAGGGUGCGCGAUGGCGUGGCGCCGGUGUUCCAUCGCGCGCGACCGUUGCCGUACGCGCUGCGCGAGCGGGUCGAUGCAGAGCUCGACGCGAUGCUGCGCGACGGUGUCAUCGAGCCCGUCGACUGCUCCGACUGGGCCUCGCCAUUGGUGCCGGUAAAUAAAUCGGAUGGUUCUUUGAGAAUAUGCGCUGAUUAUAAAGCAACCGUAAAUCCUGUGUUACUUGUAGAUCGUUAUCCUUUACCAAGAAUAGAGGAUUUAAUUGUUCGAUUAAGCGGAUCCCAAUUUUAUUCAAAAAUUGAUUUAUCGCAGGCGUAUAACCAGAUCGAGCUGGAUGAGACCAAAA